UUAAUUUCUCGUAUUAUUGGUAAUACUGAGUUUAAGAUUAAAAAAUAAGCAAGUUAGUAAACAAUGCAAAUAGUAAACUAAAAGAAGAAACAAAUGGCUGAGAAAGAAAUCUGUGGAUUUUUAGAUGUCAAAUAUUGUGGUAGUAAAUCUAAAGUUCAUAAAGUUAAAAAGAGAACACUGGGUCCUUGGAAAGUUUGGAAAAGACAUUGGUGUUCCUUUCAAAAGCUUAGUUCUGAACUAGGCAUUAAAGUACAUCUUGAUUAUUGCAUUGGCAAUGAUAAUAAUUCAUCAUUAAAUGAUAAAGAAAAUUUCAUAAUAAUACCAUUGAAUGCCGUUAUUUCUCGUACUCAAUCUAGAUCUAAACAAUUUGCUUUUGGUAUAUUUGCUAUUAAAGAAAGAAAACCAUUACUUUAUUUAGCUGGUAAUUCAGAGACAGAAUCACAACGUUGGAUGGCAAACAUUAGACAACUAUUAAAACCUAGAAAAUUUAAAAUUAUAACAGGAUCUUAUAAUAUCUCUAUGGUUGAUAAUUCACAUUCUAAGGCAUCAGGGUUGACAGGAUUAUAUGGUGAUUUGAUAACCAAUAGAUUAGGAAUUAUGAUAAAAGAUGUUCAUUCAGGUGAAAUAAUAGAAAAUUUUGAGUGGGAAGAAUUAAAUCAGUUUCAUUUAGUCACAGCAGGACGACCAGAAGAUGUUAAAUGCAUUUGUGUUAUUCAUACGACAAAAAAUUUUCGUGCUGGAAUUGGUGAAUUACAUUUGUUUUGUUUAGAAGCUCCCAAAUUAUUGCAAGAUUUGGUAACUCAAGGUCGUGGUCCAAGACACAAACAAAUUAAUAGAAAGCUUUUAAGCUUAAGUGAAAAUGAUAUUAGAAUAGUAUCUCAUGAUGAACAUUUGCAAAAUUAUUCAAUAGCAAAUAAAAAAAUGGAAUUGAAUAUGUUAAAUGAAAGAUAUGAAGAAAUAAGUUGUAAAGUAUUUAAUAAACUAACUGAGAAUGUCUAUCAAUCAGAACCAUGUAAUUAUUAUCAUAUUAGAAAAUUUUCUGAUAUUUCUCUAACUUCUGGAAUUUAUGAAGAAAUAUCUGAUAAAUCUAGUAAAAAUGCAGCAGCUACUUCAAGUUUCUAUAUAGAGCAUUUUUUUUACAAUCAUUCAUCAGAAGAACCCCCACCUUUGCCUCCACGACAAAGAUGUGCUUCAGAGUCUAUGAAAGAAAGCAGGUUGCCAAAUGUUCGAGUUUCUGGAUCCAAUAGUUUAUCUUUAACAUCUCAUAGAAAUUCUAUAAAAAUUGAAAAAAAUAAUUUAGAAUUUCAAAGAAUAAUGGAUGAAUCUAAUUAUGUUCCUAUGUCACCUCGAUUAAAAGAUAUUACAUUAUUAAAAAUGCAAGCAACAAUGCAAGAAAAUGAUUAUGUUAUUAUGCAAUAGACAGGACAUCAAAUGCAGUUCAGUGAGAGAUCAAUUGAUAUUUUCUAAUAUUUUCUUUUUUAAAUUUAAAUACACAUAUAUUUAUAUAUAU